CAGGUAAACAUUUUGAGUCCAGCGACAAAUUAGUUAAGCAUUAAAGAGAGGAAAGGAGCGCGCGGAUUCCUCUGACUUUUCAACCCCCCAAAAAAAGAAAUCUUCCUCCCUCGAUUUCUCUCCCAGCCACUCACUUGCCACUCCACUACCGCGUUUCUUUGCCGUGUCACUAUUGUUUUUCUCUGUUCGCUGAUCGUCAAUCUUUACGAAGGAAGGAUGUCAAAUUUUCCCAAUCAGAUCAGAGCGUCUUCGUCUCUGAUCAAACGGUUCAAACAAAGAAUGACGAAUCCGGCGGCCAUGAUGCAGGCUACUAGACAUUUCACUACAUUGGAGGGCCACCGUCCUGCCAUUGUUCACAAACGGAGCCUUGAUAUUCUUCACGAUCCCUGGUUCAACAAGGGAACAGCGUUUUCUAUGACAGAACGCGACCGUCUCGAUCUACGGGGACUUCUCCCUCCCAAUGUUAUGACUUCUGAACAGCAAAUUCAACGCUUCACGGCUGACCUGAAGAGGCUUGAAGUGCAGGCAAGAGACGGACCAUCUGAUCCAUAUGCGCUGGCUAAGUGGCGGAUACUUAAUCGAUUACAUGAUAGGAAUGAGACUAUGUACUACAAGGUUCUAAUUGCCAAUAUUGAGGAAUAUGCACCCAUAGUUUAUACCCCAACUGUUGGUCUUGUUUGCCAAAAUUACAGUGGUUUGUUUAGAAGACCAAGGGGAAUGUAUUUCAGUGCUGAAGACCGUGGAGAAAUGAUGUCCAUGGUGUACAACUGGCCAGCUGAGCAGGUUGACAUGAUUGUUGUUACGGAUGGAAGCAGGAUAUUGGGUCUUGGAGAUCUUGGAGUUCAGGGAAUAGGUAUUGCUAUUGGGAAGCUAGAUUUGUAUGUUGCUGCUGCGGGGAUAAAUCCUCAAAGGGUGCUUCCUGUCAUGAUUGAUGUUGGAACUAACAAUGAGAAGUUACUCAAAGAUCCCAUGUAUUUGGGAUUACAAGAACACCGUCUAGAUGGUGACGAGUACAUUGCAGUCAUUGAUGAAUUCAUGGAGGCAGUGUUUACUCGCUGGCCACAUGUGAUCGUGCAGUUUGAAGAUUUCCAAAGUAAGUGGGCGUUCAAGUUGUUGCAGCGAUAUAGGAAUACCUACAGAAUGUUCAACGAUGAUGUCCAGGGAACGGCAGGUGUUGCUAUAGCUGGUCUUUUAGGAGCUGUAAGAGCACAAGGAAGGCCUAUGAUUGAUUUUCCGAAGCAAAAGAUUGUUGUUGCUGGUGCUGGAAGUGCAGGAAUAGGGGUUCUCAAUGCUGCCAGGAAAACAAUGGCUAGAAUGCUUGGAAAUAAUGAAUCUGCUUUUGAAAGUGCAGGAAGACAGUUCUGGGUAGUUGAUGCUAAGGGUCUUAUUACAGAGGAACGUGAAAAUAUUGAUCCGGAAGCUCUGCCAUUUGCAAGGAAAGUCAAAGAAGCUAGUCGUCAAGGAUUAAGGGAAGGUGCAAGUCUUGCAGAAGUGGUGCGAGAAGUGAAACCUGAUGUGCUUCUUGGAUUAUCUGCAGUUGGAGGUUUGUUCUCAAAGGAGGUAUUAGAGGCCCUCAAAGGUUCAACUUCUACUAGACCAGCCAUAUUUGCUAUGUCAAAUCCCACAAAAAAUGGUAUAAAGUUUGCCUCUUUUUUUUGUUUGGUGCCAUUUGCAGGAAUAGGGGUUCUCAAUGCUGCCAGGAAAACAAUGGCUAGAAUGCUUGGAAAUAAUGAAUCUGCUUUUGAAAGUGCAGGAAGACAGUUCUGGGUAGUUGAUGCUAAGGUGAGAAAUGCUUUCACUGCUGGUAAGCUUGUCAUCCAUAUUUCAGAUGCCCUUUCCAUUGUAGGCAUGAUAAUUGAACUUGUUGCUUUGUAUACCCAGGGUCUUAUUACAGAGGAACGUGAAAAUAUUGAUCCGGAAGCUCUGCCAUUUGCAAGGAAAGUCAAAGAAGCUAGUCGUCAAGGAUUAAGGGAAGGAAAUGGUCAUAUUGGCCACUGCAACCAGGGAAACAACAUGUAUCUCUUUCCAGGUAUCGGACUUGGGACUCUACUUUCUGGUUCUAGGAUCAUCUCUGAUGGCAUGCUACAGGCAGCAGCUGAAUGCCUAGCCGAAUAUAUGGCAGAGGAGGAGGUUCUGAACGGAAUCAUAUACCCUUCAACAUCUAGAAUAAGAGAUAUAACAAAGGAAGUGGCUGCAGCUGUGGUGAAGGAAGCCAUAAAAGAGGAUCUUGCAGAAGGAUAUCGUGAAAUGGAUGCUAGGGAGCUCCAUAAACUCAGCCAGGAGGAAAUUGUAGAAUAUGUGAAGAACAACAUGUGGAGUCCGGAUUACCCAACAUUGGUCUAUAAGAUGGAUUGAAACCUGAGAAAUAUGCACCAAAUUUGUCGUCAAGCCUUGCCAGCAGGAGAAAAGUGGGGUUCAAACAUGUUGUCAAUGAUUUUUACGUUGCAGCUUGGCAAGGGCAUUUUAUGUUUUCCACUCCAUUAAAUUGUUGAUUAGUUGGCUCGUAUAAAGGGCUUACAUUUCAGUUUUCUGUUAUCUCCUCAGUGGUGUUUUGUGCUCCUUAUCUCCCUGCCUGUACAAGUAAGCCAGCUGAAAUCUCUUAAAAUGGAUGUGAAUCUGAGCUUUUUAUGCGUUCCUUGUAAAACUAUGCUUUAGUGGUGGCUUUGUAAUUAUAUAUAUGCAUGAGCACAAGCAACUGUAAAUUUUUUUGUUUAAAUAUGUAAUGCAUAUGAUGCAGAUAGUUGAAUGCUUUCAUCAUUGAGUUGUGAUUGCAGCUCAUAACUUUGAGCUCUGUGCUUGUUUAUUUG